AUGUUUCGAGCCCGGCGAUACCGAGUUCUGCUAAUCUUUGCAGCUGUAUUUGUCUUGGCCAUCAUUCAUUUUAGUCGAUCUCGCCAGCCCCCUACAGUGACACUGGGAGUACCUCCGCCUGUCGAUCGGCCGGGCUCUUACCCUCAAAGUCCACCCGCAGCGGACAACAAAGGACCUGCACCAGAGACCCCUCUGCCAACGCCUCUACCGAAGGGCUCGACUGAUCCCAGUACAUCAGACGACAAGGUCCCUUCGCAGCCUCCCCACCCAGACAACGGUUUAUCGACCCCUGAACACCCCAAACCGUCGGACGAACCGCAGUCUAAGGAGGAUGGGCCUCAUUUCCCGAACAACUCUGGCUCGCAGAGUCAGGGUACACUAGACUCGGACCGGCUUGAGGAUCUACCGGUGCCUCAUUGGAAGAAAUUGCCAGAGCGAUAUCCUGUCACACCCGCAGAUUUGAUCAAAUUACCGACCGGCAAAUCUAAGUCUCUGCCGAAACUGCAGGCUAAAUUCUCCGAUGAAGCAUCUGAAGAUAGGAUCAAACGGCUAAACAGAUUGUCCACCAUCAGGGCAACAUUCGAACAUGCAUGGAACGGAUAUAAGACGAAUGCUAUGGGUCACGAUGAGGUCAUGCCGCUCCGCGGUGGAUUUCGAGAUCCUUUCAAUGGGUGGGGUGCAACACUCGUUGACACGUUGGACACUCUUUGGAUCAUGGGUUUGGAGGAAGAAUUCUCUAUUGCUAUCGAUCAGGUGAAGAAAAUAGACUUUACGACAAACAAGAAGAGCGAGAUUCCGGUUUUCGAAACGGCAAUCCGAUAUCUCGGUGGUCUACUGGGUGCCUACGACAUCUCGGGACAUAAGUACGACUUGCUCCUGGAGAAAGCGGUCGAAUUGGCGGAAGUGUUGAUGGGUGCCUUUGAUACGCCCAACCGGAUGCCGAUGCUCUUUUACAAGUGGAAGCCGGGAGACGCAUCAAAUCCUCAUCGUGCUAGUGCCAUGUCCGUCCUUGCCGAACUGGGCUCUCUUUCGGUAGAAUUCACACGCUUAGCACAAUUGACCAGGGAUGACAAGUACUAUGAUGCAAUUGCACGGAUCACGAAUGAGUUGGAGAAAUUCCAAAGCCAAACUAGCAUGCCGGGCCUGUGGCCGAUGAAGGUCGAUGCUUCUGGAUGUACAGUUUCUCAAUCCCGAACUGGCCACGAGGCCCCGCGUGAUUUACCACGGAACUCUUCCAUCCCUACGACUGCCCCUACGGCUGCUGAAAGCACGAUAUCUUACCCGACUGACGCGGAAAGUUACAGAAUUCUUUUGGACUCACGCCAGCUGCAUGAAGACGCACAGCCAGCCAUCUACGACACAAACCCCCAGCUCCCAGCUCCCAAGGCCCAUGAAAUUCCAACUUCAACUGGAGACUCUGCGGGGUACUGCAAAGGGGGGCUUACCAAUGCGCCGGGGUCCUUCCAAUUUGGGCUCGCGGCCCCCGGGGAUUCGACAUAUGAAUACCUUCCUAAGGAAUAUAUGCUUUUAGGCGGUCUCAACGAACAGUAUCGUACAAUGUAUGAGAAGACCGCGGAUGCGGCGCGAAAGCAUCUCCUCUUCCGGCCCAUGAUCAAAGACGACCGUGACGUCCGCUUUUUAGCUACCGUCACCAAACCCCGACUGGACGCCGAAUUCGUCUAUCAGUAUGAGGGGGCACAUCUGACCUGCUUCGCUGGCGGCAUGUUUGCCAUUGGGUCUAAGUUGUUCGGAAUUGACAGUGAUCUUCAGCUCGCAGCUAAAUUGACGGAUGGGUGUGUAUGGGCGUAUGAGUCUACGAAGACCGGUAUCAUGCCCGAACAAUUUCAGAUGAUACCCUGCAAAGACGAUGAACCGUGUGUGUGGGACGAGAGUAAGUACUGGAAGGCUUUGGAUCCUAACGAGGAGCAACGUCUUGCUAGGGGCAAGAUGCAGAAGGAGCUUAGCGCGAAGACGGAGGAGAAGAAGGAUGAAAUGAGAGGAAUCCAGACCAACGGGACGUCUCCCACUCCAAGAUCACUUCGCGAGAAGCGUGACCCCGAGCGAGGCAAUUGGCACGUCGUCGCCAGCCCUACACAUACACCUAAACCUAGUGAUUCUAGCGACGUAGAGGGACGGGGCCCUAAAGGAUCUCCGGCAGAUUCAACGCUGUCUCACGAAGAAUUUGCUUUGUCGCGGAUCCAGAACGAGCAUCUUCCGCCGGGUGUGGUCCGCAUUAACUCUCGCAUCUAUCUCCUUCGCCCUGAAGCCAUUGAGUCCGUCUUCAUCAUGUACCGCCUCACUGGUGAGGAAUACUGGCGCGAGAAGGGUUGGAAGAUGUUUGAGGCCAUCGCCAAGUAUACUCGGACGGAGGUAGCGCAUGCCACGAUCAAGGACGUCACCGUCGAAAAACCGACAAAAUCCGAUGAGAUGCAGUCGUUUUGGCUCGCAGAGACCUUGAAAUACUUUUAUCUACUCUUCAGUGAGCCAGACGUGGUAGAUCUCGACGAAUAUGUUCUGAACACUGAAGCGCAUCCUUUCAAACGCCCCGUAUACUAG